GAUGUUUGCCUAGUGACCCGAUGUUGUAGUUCUCGAAAGUAUCGCAAGGAGCCGGAAGCGCUUGUGCUUCGCUUUCAGUUUGACUAGUGUCUUUCAUGUCUUUUCCGGUACACUAGCAAUCAUGGGUCGCGUCAGGACGAAGACGGUGAAAAAAGCCGCCAAGCUGAUCAUCGAGAAAUAUUACACUCGCCUGACCCUUGACUUCCACACUAAUAAGAGGAUAUGUGAAGAAAUUGCAAUUAUCCCCAGCAAGCCUCUUAAAAAUAAGAUUGCUGGGUAUGUCACUCACCUGAUGAAGAGGCUUCGUCACUGUCAAGUACGAGGCAUUUCCAUCAAAUUGCAGGAAGAAGAGAGGGAACGCAGAGACAACUAUGUUCCCGAAGUUUCUGCUUUGGAGCACGACAUCAUUGAAGUCGAUCCUGACACCAAGGAGAUGCUUAAGAUGCUCGAGUUUAACAACCUUUCUGGACUCCAGGUGACACAGCCUGUCACCCACCAAUUUAACAGACGCUCCUAAGCGUCUUUCCACCUUUUGUGUCAGUUCUACCGUUUUAUAUCAAUAAACUUGUAAACUGGCAUUCAUUAGAUCUCUUUCCA